ACUUUUUGCCCAGCUGCCAAGCGUGUCGCGCGUGUUCUUCUAUUUUAGCUAACCUCUCAUCGCUUCGCGGUCAAGUCUCCCACCCAUAAGCAAUGGCUGAUAACGAGGAUCUUUUAGAUUACGAGGAAGAGGACCAGACCGAGCAGGUGGUGGCAGAGACCACGGAACAGCCGAAGAAGGAUGUGAAGGGUACUUACGUAUCGAUUCACAGCUCUGGUUUCCGUGAUUUUUUGCUGAAGCCUGAAAUAUUGCGCGCCAUUGUCGACUGUGGUUUCGAGCAUCCCUCUGAAGUGCAACACGAAUGUAUUCCACAGGCUGUGCUUGGUAUGGACAUUUUGUGCCAGGCCAAGUCCGGUAUGGGAAAGACAGCUGUGUUUGUGCUUGCCACGUUGCAGCAGCUGGAACCGACAGAGAACGUGCCGUACGUCCUGGUUAUGUGCCAUACGCGCGAGCUCGCUUUCCAGAUUAGCAAGGAGUACGAGCGGUUUUGUAAGUACAUGCCCACCAUCAAGGUGGCCGUAUUUUUCGGUGGGCUACCGAUUCAGAAGGAUGAAGAGGUGCUAAAAACGACAACACCACACAUUAUCGUGGGAACGCCGGGACGUGUGCUGGCUCUUAUCCGGAACAAGAAGCUGAACCUGAAAAACCUGAAACAUUUCAUACUCGACGAGUGCGACAAAAUGCUCGAACAGUUAGAUAUGCGCCGCGACGUCCAGGAGAUAUUCCGUAACACACCGCACGGAAAGCAAGUGAUGAUGUUCUCCGCCACACUGAGCAAAGAAAUUCGACCAGUGUGCAAAAAGUUCAUGCAAGAUCCGAUGGAAGUGUAUGUUGACGACGAAACUAAACUAACACUUCACGGUCUGCAGCAACAUUAUGUGAAACUGAAGGAAAACGAGAAGAACAAGAAACUGUUCGAAUUACUUGAUGUAUUGGAGUUCAAUCAGGUGGUUAUUUUCGUCAAAUCCGUUCAACGCUGCAUGGCCCUGGCACAGCUGCUGACUGAACAAAAUUUCCCCGCCAUCGGCAUCCAUCGUGGCAUGGUGCAGGAAGAACGUUUGUCGCGGUAUCAGCAGUUCAAGGAUUUUCAGAAGCGAAUCCUAGUUGCCACGAAUCUGUUCGGUCGCGGUAUGGAUAUUGAGCGUGUGAACAUUGUGUUCAAUUAUGACAUGCCGGAAGAUUCGGAUACCUAUCUGCAUCGAGUGGCCCGAGCCGGUCGUUUCGGUACUAAGGGUCUCGCCAUCACCUUCAUCUCGGAUGAGGCUGACGCAAAGAUUCUUAACGAUGUUCAGGAUCGGUUCGAUGUGAACAUCAACGAGCUGCCGGACGAAAUUGACCUCUCUUCCUACAUUGAAGGACGAUAAAGUGUGUGCGGAACUGUGAAUCCGCCGUACCUGUGGGGUACCCGCUAUCCCAUCGUGUAGUAGUGCAACGUUAUUCAUACGGUUUAAAAUUAAUCGAUACCGCUCAUCUAUUUGUGCGCACUAGUUUGGGGGAUUUCUGGCAUUUUCGUUAAAAUUCCUUAAAUGCUACCAUUAUAUAACUUUACGUACAUAAUUUUAGUAAGAGUGAUGAAUUUUAAUAACUAAUGAAAUUUCAAACAAGUCUAGAGCAAAAAGCGUAAUCAAUCACUAUAUAGUAUGAUUAAUGUUCCGUUCACCACCUUCUCACAAGGCACGUGUGGGUAUACUUUACAGUAUCAUUUGUACCCAAAUUGACAGGGGGUAUAUUGAAACGAUUCAAAUUCCUUCACGGUUUUUGUGCACAUCUACUGCUGAAAGUGGAUUGGUUUUCGGUGGACCGUUCCACGUUCUGUCGAGACCAAUGUCACUAUUCUAUUGAUGGUCAAUAGCACUGAAGGAUAGGAUAGAAGUUGAUAAAACUACUUAUGUAUUAGUAAGGCUUGAUAACUUGGUGUACGAAACGUAAAAAAAUGAAUAAAAAUAUUAACAAAGCAUUUAGUGUUAAGUGUAAGGAUGCACCAAUA